CGAAAUCACUGUAAACAACAAUCCUCAUCUGAGCGGAGAAAAUAGAGACGAUAGUUCACACUAAAAAGUUUAUGAAGAUGUUUGAGAGUGAAAUCGAGCUGUGUGCUGUGAAUAUUGCAGUAGGAUAGCUGCUGUCGAUUCGAAAUUGACUCGGUGUCCUUCGGGUUUAAUAAACAACAAUAAACAAACGGAAAUAAACGGUGUUAAAGGCAGCGGCAUGGAGGAAUAUAGCACCACUGUGAGGACAUCCGGAUUCGUUUUGAGUUCGUUGAUGUUUCAGCAUCUGAACAGUGACUGUGAUGUGGAGGGAUUAUUACUCGGUGAGAGUGUCGGAGAGGAGAAAAGCAAAAUCACUGACUCACAGACGGAUCACAUACAAUUCGUGCACACAAUAAAUAUUCAAAAACACAUCACGUGCAGGAGUACACACAGCUUCUACAACAACACCUGUGAAGUGGACAAAGAGAAGAUUAGACAGGUUCUGUCCAAUCUCAAAGAGGAGAAUGUGAUUGGCUGGUAUCGGCAGCGGAGGAACACUAGUCAACAAAUGACUUUAAAAGAGCAGUUGGUUCAUCAGAAUUUGAGGAAGCUGCUGCCAUACCAGGAGCUCGUUUUCUUGCUGCUCACGCCGUCUGAGGUGACCAUGUCGCACUCCACCCACCGCCUCGAGUACACAGCCUUCAUAUGGAGCGGCAGUCAGUACAGUAGUAUCCCAGUCUCGGUGAGCAACCUGGGUACACUGGAGCAGCAGGAUUACUGGAGAGUCUCUGCUACAUGUCCCGCUCUGAGUCACUGUCAAUCCAUAAAACAACACAGAGCCAAAUUCUUCUCUUCGGAGCAGGAUCUCCGAGAGGUGGAGAAAGUCAACGACAUGAACGACGCCUUGUUAGAUGAAAUGAAGAGUGCGUGCGUGAGCGUGGAGAAGAGCGAGCGGCGCGUGGAGAAGCUACAGGCCGAGAUCGCAGAGCUCAGAGAAGCCGUCCGAGAGCGGGUGAACAAAAAGCAAGACAGUGACACCGUAGAAAGUUCUUCUCAUGAAGGACCCAAGGAGAACGUCCUGCUGUGUGCGGCUCUGAAAGCGCUGUUCCCCGACACGCCGUCAUUAUGCAGCCGGACUCUGAGUGUCGAGGGUUUCCCCGUCCUGCACAUGUGCUGCACAGAGGAGCACGGCAUCGACGUUCCCUCCAGACUGCCGCUGAUGCUACUGCAGUGUGGUCACACCACGAGGAAGAGGGGCUCGGGUAACAGGACAAAGGGGAAAUUUCAGUCCGCAGGCGUCUCACGGAAAGGUAAAAAGAGGAAGGCGGACACAGAGCUGAGCGAGCCGCUGUCCGAAAACGGGUCUGACACGGAGGUGGAGCUGAGCAGCCCGAACCAAAGCAACUCCCCGGUGUUUUAAAGACUUGUUUAGAUACAAGGAAUAAAACACAACCGACAGGGUGGUGUGAUGUAGCAGAGUUACUGUUACCACCUUGUAGUUGAUUAUUUUCCUAUAACAGUACAUGGAGUAUUUUAUUUAUCAUGGACCACUGCCAAACAUUAAUUAUUAAAGAAACACGCAUUAUACUUAUUGUUUUAUAGGUACAUUCAAUAUUGUGGAAAUCCCCCUAAACAAGGUAUUUCAUGUCUCUGUAAAAAAAUAUAUAAUUUUUGUAUACAUUUUAAAUCUGUGUAGCAAAUUCUUCAUGCUUUUUUAAAAUGACUUCCUGUUUUUGUUCACAUGUAGCUCAGUGGAUGAUUUAUAAAUUAAACAUCCACUUAAUCAGCAUGUGCCAUUAUUCAUUCAUUAAAGAUCAAACUACCUGCUGUUA